AAAUCUCAAAACAAAAAACAGGGCCUAGACUACACUAGAAUCCUCUUAGUCAUCUUUAUAAAUACCCAACCCAUCAAAUCCUUCAAUCAGCCAAAAAAUUCAGCAAAAAUCUGUCUCUGAAGUUUUUCACAACAACAUCAAAGUUCAAAAAUGUCGAUGAUUCCAAGCUUCUUCGGUGGCCAACGCAGCAAUAUCUUCGACCCAUUCUCUCUAAACGUGUGGGAUCCGUUCAAGGAUUUGCCAACCCAAAUUUCCAAAGAGAAUUCUGCUUUUGUCAACACUCGUAUUGAUUGGAAAGAGACCCCAGAAGCUCACGUGUUGAAGGCGGAUCUUCCUGGGCUAAACAAGGAGGAAGUGAAAGUCGAGGUCGAAGAUGACAGAGUGGUUCGGAUUAGUGGAGAGAGGAAGAUAGAGAAGGAAGAUAAGAAUGACACGUGGCAUCGUGUCGAGCGGAGCAGUGGCAAGUUUGUGAGGAGUUUCAGGUUGCCGGAGAAUGUUAAGAUGGAUCAGAUUAAGGCUGUGAUGGAGAAUGGGGUUCUCACUGUUACUGUUCCCAAAGUGGAGGUGAAGAAACCUGAUGUCAAGGCCAUUGAAAUCUCUGGUUGAUUUUGUGUGUGUGUGUGUGUGUGUGUGUGUGUGUGUGUGUGUGUGUGUGUGC